AAGACAGGGAGCAUCCCCGCCGCCUGUUUAUAAGAAACGGUCCCUUCCCAAAGAUUGAGCUAUUACUAUUUCUCUCCUUCGGCUUCCCGGAUUCACACCGUCGUUCCCGUCCGCCAAAUCCUUUCCUGCUCAAUCAACCAAUCCAUCGAUCUCUGUUAGCUAAACCCGGCUCGGAUUUUUCCCUUAUCCAAUCUUCAGCUUUACCAUUUGCAUCGCCGAAGCGUCUGUUUGGCUAGUUUCUUGCGAAUCCAUGCCCUGUUUCUUCCUUUCCAAUCAAAGCUCAGGUUGUGCUUGUUUUGCCGCAUGAAGACGGCUUGCUUCCUCGGAAGUCUCACCAUGAAGCCCCCUUGUAGAUUUCUUUCUUCAUUUGGGAUCAGGACCGCAAAGGCCGGAUCUUUGCCGAGUUCUUGCUUCAAUCAUCAGCCCCGGCACCGGUUCCACGCCUACCCUUCUCGGGGCAUGGCUUCCCGGGGCCUAAUCGAUGGCAAUCCGAUAGGGUUCCGCUUUCUGGGUUCGAGUUUCGGUCAACGCGAGAUCCUGUCAACGUCCAAAAGUGUUAACUUUAAUGUUGAUAUCUGCCGUAGGGGAUUGUAUGUUAUACCGAGUGCUGUUAGGAAUUAUUCGACGUCGGUGGAGACCUGCGUAAAUGAUAAGAAUUUCGAGAGGAUUUAUGUUCAGGGGGGCAUGAAUGUGAAGCCUCUUGUGGUCGAACGAAUUGAUAAGGAUGAGGAUGUUGUAAAUGAAGAAGAGGGUCGUAGGGUCGAAGUUGAUGAGGAUAAGAUUCAUUUGGAGGAAGCCAAUUCAAAAGCUGAUUUCAAUAAAGUUGAGGAGGUUGUUAGCCCUAAGAAACCGGAGUCUGAGGUCGAAAAGGAAGCCUGGAGGCUAUUGGAGGAUGCGGUCGUUAGGUACUGCGGGACCCCUGUGGGGACGGUGGCGGCGAAUGAUCCCGCAGAUAAGCAGCCACUGAACUACGAUCAGGUGUUUAUUCGUGAUUUUGUGCCGUCUGCCCUGGCAUUCUUGCUCAAGGGAGAAGGAGAGAUUGUCAGGAACUUUCUCCUCCAUACCUUGCAGCUACAGAGUUGGGAGAAAACAGUGGAUUGUUACAGCCCGGGGCAGGGUUUAAUGCCAGCAAGCUUCAAAGUUAGGACUGUGCCGCUUGAUGAAAACAAAACAGAGGAAGUUCUCGAUCCUGAUUUUGGCGAGUCGGCAAUUGGUCGUGUUGCACCUGUGGAUUCUGGAUUGUGGUGGAUUAUCCUAUUGAGGGCUUAUGGGAAGCUCACUGGUGAUUAUGCAUUACAAGAACGAGUUGAUGUUCAGACUGGCAUAAAGCUGAUUUUAAACCUCUGUCUGUCUGAUGGUUUUGAUAUGUUUCCUUCUCUGCUUGUAACUGAUGGUUCUUGCAUGAUAGAUCGAAGGAUGGGUAUCCAUGGUCACCCCCUCGAGAUUCAAGCUUUAUUUUACUCGGCACUUCGAUGCUCUCGAGAGAUGCUCAGCGUAAAUGACGGAUCAAAGAGCUUGGUGAGAGCCAUAAACAAUAGGCUGAGUGCUCUUUCAUUCCACAUAAGAGAAUAUUAUUGGGUUGAUAUGAAAAAGAUGAAUGAGAUCUACCGAUACAAAACUGAAGAGUACUCAAUGGAUGCCACCAAUAAGUUCAAUAUUUAUCCUGAACAAAUCCCUCUGUGGCUGAUGGACUGGUUCCCCGAAAAUGGCGGGUAUUUCAUCGGGAAUCUGCAGCCUGCCCACAUGGAUUUUAGAUUCUUCACACUUGGAAAUCUUUGGUCCAUUGUUUCUUCAUUGGGCACUCCGAAACAGAAUGAAGCCAUCUUAAAUUUGAUCGAGUGCAAAUGGGAUGAUCUUGUGGGCAACAUGCCUCUCAAGAUAUGCUAUCCUGCUCUUGAGUACGAGGACUGGCGUAUAAUUACUGGGAGCGAUCCAAAGAACACUCCUUGGUCAUAUCAUAAUGGCGGAUCUUGGCCAACCCUUCUCUGGCAGUUUACUUUGGCAUGCAUCAAAAUGGGAAGACAAGACCUUGCCCAGAAGGCAGUUGCCUUGGCCGAGAAGAGACUCCCAAUCGAUCGCUGGCCCGAAUACUAUGACACUCGAUCUGGGAAGUUCAUCGGGAAACAAGCUCGUCUCUACCAGACGUGGACGAUCGCUGGUUUCCUCACUUCAAAGAUGUUGCUGGAGAACCCAGAAAUGGCUUCCCUGCUCUUCUGGGAAGAGGACUACGAGCUUCUCGAAAUCUGUGUCUGUGCACUCAGCAAGAGUGGCCGCAAGAAAUGCUCUCGCGGUGCCGCAAAGUCUCAGAUACUUGUCUAGGGUGACCCAUCCUACGUGACUCGAUUCUUCCAAUGGCUGGAAGCAGUCCCUACAUGAACAUGUACAGUAAUACUGAAAGUUUAGGACAUAAUCACAUAGUAAUUAGAGCAAGGAGGUGAAUUCGCUGGGUAUUCUUUAUUGUCACGCGGGUAAUUUAUACAACUUGCCAUUUAUAAUAUCGUCUGAUCAACGAAUAAGUUGAUUGGUGCUGGAAGUUCAGCCUGCGAGCAGCCGUGUACUAGGAGGCUUCAGAGUUAUAGAUUGUUUGUCCUGUUUGUAAUAAUGUUAACAAACUUGGAUGUAACACUUCUUGUUCCUUGUACACUAUACAUUGGAUUCUGGUGUUUUUGUUCCAGGAUUCACAGUAAUAACAUUAUGUCUGUUUUUUUA